AUGUCCGGACGUGAACCGCCAGCACAUCGCAGUGCCCAAACCUCGGUCUCUGCCCGCAGAGUCGCCGCCCCGUAUGCAUCACGGCGACCACCAGACAGCCACGCGGCUCGACCAGGGUUAGCUGGCGUGCAAUGCUCUGGUGCCGCCCCUCUUACAGCGGUAGCCACAGCAAGCCGGUCCGAUCAGAGAUCCCCGAUACCGGCAGAGGGAGCCCCAGCCUGUCCUUCCUGUGCUGCGCGCCUCAAGGCGUCGCAGGAGGUGCUACGCGCGUACAAUGCGCUGCUGCUCAACUCAAAACAACUUUUCAUAGACGACGCACUGCACCACUACAGCGGCGACGAAGCGUGGAUUCGCGUAUUGCGUUCACUGGGCUGGUUCAAUGAGGGGACGCCAGUCAACGGCGCAGGGCGGAGACGAGAUGUCGACCAGAAGUAG